AAGAUAAACGUGCAAGAACUCACACGAAUAUUGUUUAUUUUUAAUAAUGGAUUUUAACGUCAUGGAUAAAUUGCGUAUUCUGAAAAUUGACACAGAGUUACGACCGCAAAUCAAAAUGAAGCCAAUGAGUCGGUAUUAUUUUAUAACUUCGACGAAUCCUGGCGAACAAUUCUUUGUUUUCGCUUCGACAGCCGCAUGGCUUAUACGAAAAACUGGUAAAGCUUUCGAUCAGCCGAAUGAAGAAGACGAUCCAAAUGCAACCAUAGCGUCUAUACUUGAAGUUUUACGCGACAAAGACAUCGCCGUAGACUUUUCAUCGCAUAAACUCAAACAAGGUUAUGGUGAUCAAGUUUGCUAUAUUUUAAACGUGCUAGCAAACGAGGCUAUGAAAGUUGAGAAUUUUGAGUGGCAGAAACCUAUCGUAGACAUUCCCGACACAGAAGAAUCACCAGAUGAAUCGGAUCAAGUCGAAGAUGAAACAGAAAUAACUUUGGAUAAAAUAGAAGAAGAAAUGGCUAUAUAUUCAGAAGAGUCAGAAGGUGAGGAUUACGGUGAUGCAGAAGAAAAAGAAACGAACAAUAUAGCACAUAAAGUUCACGAUUGGGAAGCAUGGAAACUAGAGUUGGAAAGAGUCGCUCCGGCGUUGAGGCUAAAAAUAUCGGCUGAUGGUCGUGAUUGGCGAGCCAGACAUGCACAGAUGAGAACUUACCGAGAUGAAUUGCUAGAAAGAUUUAAAACAACUGGUAGUCAACUUAACAAACUUCAUGGUAAUAUUAGUAGUGUGAUGGAUAAAAUAGCAGCAAGAGAAAAUAUUUUGAACGAACAAUUCGAACCAAUAGUGCAGGAAUACGGCAAACUUCUGGACGAACUCAACAAAGUAACUAAUGAAUACAAGGAAGCUAGUGUUGGUGUUACAGAGAGACAAGAAACCUUAAACGAACUAACAGCUAAAGUUGAAAAUAUAAAACAGAGGACAGAAUCCAAAGGAUCGUCGAUGCAUGAUAACUCACCUCUGUUGACUGCCAAGAAGGCUGUAGAAACUCUUAAGAAGGACAUACAAGAAUUAGAUUUUCAGAUCAUUAUUCUACUCUGGCUACUCAUAUCUAAGGAAAACCCUAAAACUAACAAUUACUUAGCAAACGCUGAAUCCAGAAUGAUUAGCGCUGAAGCUUAUUGAAGCAUACAAUUGUUCUGUUUGUACAUCAAAUUACAGAAUUGAACCAAUUUGAAACAAUAUAACUUGUGUGAUAA